AUUCCUCCGCAUCCGUUACUGGCAUCACUUCAGUGAGAAAUCUAACGGAGUGUGCUUCGCAGAGGUUAACGUGACAGCGAAGCGCCGGGAGCGCAGCGCAGCUUGGCUCAGCUCGGCUCGGCGCUCUGGCCGCCGGCUCCUAGCGUUACACGGCAGCUGCUGUUUCCGUUGCAACGCAGUGUGGGCGGCACUAACUGCGCUGGAGGAACGCUCAUUUUUAAAAUUUGAUGAUGUCAGUAAGUUUUUUUUUGCAAUACUGCAAUUGGAGAUCAGCAUUUACGAAACCGCCAGUAUUCUUAUGGGGCUAGAAAAGUGGACGUUCGCCGUGACAACCAAGAGACUGCCGACUCCCGGGACCCGAACCAGAGGACGGCUUUCACCCACAGCCUGUGCACUUUCACCGAGGCUGAAGCGAGUUUACUUUCCUGUUCGGAGUACUAGCACAGAAUCGCAAUGAGCUGCCUGCCCAGUCCGCGGCUGCAGAUGUCAAAGCUGACGAACUCGCAUUCUGCUGAACGGAGCGGCUUUGUGGCAUUUUUCUGGAAUUUAAUUUGACGAAAAGAGUAGGUGGAAUACUCCCUGACCCCGAAAGCUCGGGGUCCUGGAACAAGCCGGAGGUCGCUGCCCACAUCAGCCGUUCAUUUACAGUACAGCAGCAGUUACAAAAUGGGCGGGAAAACGGCAAAAUAUUCAAAUAUUGUAUCUGUGUAGGGGAUACAGUAACUGAUUCCACUAUCUGCUCUGAUGUUAUUUCGAAAUAUUUCACAAUUGAGUGAGUGAAAUACUAAAUCCCCUGGCAGUGUUAAUUGCAUUUUGAUAACUUUUAUGUCUAAAUAACAUGGCAGAAUCACUUGAAAAUGUUAAUUUUGAGAUAACCGGGCUCUCCGUGUACUGGCAUCACGUGUAUUAUAUUGAUGAGAAAAAGGGGCGGAACUGGCAACGUCAUUACUAAGGAUCGCUCAUCUAUUACUCCAGCUUAGUAAAUAGUACAUAGAGAGCGGGGCCGGAUUCCUCGUCUCCACCAUACCUGCUGGUGUUUGUGCUUUGAGGAUUUCGACUUUUUGAAGUGUAAAUAAUGGAAACAACUGAUGGAUCGGUCGGUGAUAAAUUAACAAGCGCUGCAGCCAAAGGAGACUGGAAAGAAGUUAAUAUUUUGCUGCAAAACGGAGUGAAAGCAGACGCAAUCAAUAAGUUUGGCAGAACUGCUCUUCAGGUCAUGCAAAUUGGUAAUACAAUAAUAGCUGAUUUAUUGCUGAAUGCAGGAGCUCAGCCAAACCAGCAAGAUCACAACGGGUUCACACUAGCUCACGACGCGGCCAGGGAAGGCUUCCUGGAUACUUUGAAAAUCUUGGUGGACUUUGGAGCUGAUGUUAAUAUUGAAAAUUCUGAGGGCAAUCUACCCAUCCACCUUGCUGCACAGGAAGGUCACACUGAUGUGGUUAUUUUUUUGGCAAAGAAAUCAAACCUCACACUUAAAAACGAAAAGGGACAGACUCCAUAUGAGCUGGCCCGGAUGUACCAGAGGACAGAGACUGUGCAAUGGAUGGAACAAAAUUUAUAGGAAAAACGUAGUAAGCAAGAGCGCCUUUGUAGUAUUUAUUUGUUGGCCAAGACGUGUUUAUUGAAAUUCAUUAUUUGUAAUUCCAUAUGUUUUUUUUAAUACUUGGGGAAAGAUGAUGUUGUUACCAUUCAAUGCUUUUUUAAAACUUUACUUUUUACGCCAUCAUGCUAAAGUCAUUUUACUUGUUAUAUAUAAGUAUUAAUAUAGAAUCGGGCGAGCUUUUUCAAUGUUAUGUUGGUCAUAAGAUAAUGUGCAAGUUUGACGUGACAGUGUUGUUAUUAACAUAAAGCUAUCUAUCCAUAAAACAGUCAAGCUAACACAAGGGAAUAAUUUAAAACUAUUGCAAUAGGCAGAUGACGCGAACGCCCCGUGUCUUUCCCCAACUAGUUCUUCGGAACAUCGUGGCUUUCCUGUCUCUGUGUUGUUUAAAACGCCGAACACGCUGUGUUUGUUUCAUUUAUGUAGCUUUAAAUUUCAUUGAAGUAUUGCUUACCGCCUGAUAAAGUAAGUGAACGCAGAGAAAUGUAGCCGGUAAACAUUAUUUAAUGUGUUUGUCUUUGUUUAAUUAAAAUUAAAUUAUAAUCCUUUUGUUUACUCGAUGUAAAUAUUGCAUUACUUUCAUGGCAUUGUAUCAAAUAUCAGCUUCAUAAAUUAUAAAAGAUAUAACGGCUCUUUCGUUCCAAUAAAUACUUACUUGUGAGUGUAAAGGGCAUCUAUUUUUAAUGCUGUGAAUGGAGUAGCAUUUCCUGAAUUAAUUUUCUCAUCGUUGAAACAGAUAACAUGAAGCGUUAAAAUUUAAUAACAUUAACUUCCCUUUUCAAAUCCAUAUGUAUUGGGACAUCCAUAAAUAAAGUGUUUUUACAAAAACUCUGAACGAGUUAGUGUAGGGUGUCUUUGAGGAGGAUUUAUGUAUGGAAAACAAUUAUUUUGAAGCUUGGUAAUUUAGUAACAUUUAUUGUGUUUUUGACUAAUACUGUUGUUUGGUAAGAUGAGUCGUGCAAGCUAUUGGUAAAUUGAUGGUAAGAUGUGUCGGUGGUGUGCAGACAUCUCACGGGGAAAAACGUGGGCGAUAAGUGGUUAUCUUUCACAUCGUAUCUUUAUAAAAUUUGUAUUUUAAAGGAAGUCAUUCCACGCAUUUACAUUUUGGUAUGAAAACAUAUUGAAAUUUAAACACUAUCGGUAUGCAUUUUGACAAAAAUACAGGGCACUGUUUAUUUAAAGUAGGAAAGACCCUAAGCAUUUGAUGGAAAUGCUUACUGAAUAUGCAAGUUAAUAUGCCGUUAAAGUAUGUAUAUAUAUGCAAAAAUUCUAUCAGACUAGUUUAAGACAUUACAAAAAUUUAUUCAUGGUCUGCGAAAUAAACUGUAAACACAUAAUAGAUAAAAAUGCGUACAGACCGGUCACAGUGUUAGAGAAAAAAACAUUUAUCAUAAUUUAUUCAAAAUGCAAAAUCUGUUUCGUAUGUAAAACUUAUUAUUUAAACUAUCAUUAUGACAAGGUCGGAAAGUCACGGCAAAUAUAUACAAAAGCGAAACGUUUAGCAUCUAAAACUGAAAGAAGCAUCAUUAAUGAAAGCGAUAUACGGCACUGUGAUAACAUGAAGACUUAAAACAUGAAUACGACAAGCAUGUUUACAUACCCAGAGUGACACUGGAGAUACUGCAGUGGGCUUAAUUCUAUGCAACCUAAAACAGAGACUUAGAAUAAUGAUGUCCUAUAAUAUGCACCGAUGUUCUCAAUGAAUUGUGUUAAAAGAAUCGGGGCUUUAUUGAAAUAGCUUUUUGUUAUCAUAAAAAAGUUACAAAUUUGCCGAGUUUCUUUUCCUCCCUUUUUUGCCAUAAAUAAUAUUUUCAUUCCGACCACUAUACUCCUUGACUUUCUACCUGAGGUGUAUGAUUUUAUCAGUGUAUAUUUUAUUU